CGGUCCCAAUAUCUGUUCCCGCCGUACAGUUUCUAACACACACCAAGCUCCAUCACCGCCGUACAGCAAAGCUAGGGCACUCAUUCCAAACACUAUUCCCUCACAAUCUCAACCAACAAUGACCUCUAAUUCUUCUCUAAUCGGCGACAUACUCACCGACGAUCUAGUCACCGAGAUUCUCCACCGCCUCCCGGUCAAAUCACUCCUCCGCUUCAAACUCGUCUCCAAGCCCUGGCUCUCCCUCAUUUCAUCCCCUCGCUUCAUCAAAUCGCACCUCCAUCACGCCCUCACUUCACCAGCCGCUCACCAAACCCUAAUCGUCUACAAAAAACACCAUCUCUCAAUCUCUCUGUUUCAGCUCCGCUCUCCUCAGAUCGGUCCUUCUCUCGGCGUUCCUUACUCGAGAGGCGAGUUCUCGUUCACGCCGUUUACGAUGCUCGUCGCUUCUCAGAACGGCGUCGUGUGCGUCGCGGUGGCUGAUUUCCCGCGCCACGAAAUGGCGCUGUCAAAUUUGUAUAAAUUGAAUAAUUGUUGUUUGUAUUUGUGGAAUCCUGCUACUAGACAGUCGAGAGUGCUACCGCCGCAUGAUAUUCGGGAGGAUGUUAUGUCGGUGUGUUUUGGUUUCGGUUUUGAUUCGGUUGGGAAUGAGUUUAAGGUUGUUAGAGUUGUGAGUUCAUUUCGGAAGCCUUUUUCAGCUGAGGUGUAUUCAGAGAGGAAGGAUGCGUGGAGGAGAGUGAAGCCGAAGCCGUGUGACGUUCCGUAUUAUGAGGUGUUUGAUGUUUGUGUGAAUGGAUUGUUGUGUUGUACUGGAAUGUAUGGGUUGAUGGCGUUUGAUUUGAAUAAGGAGGUGUUUAGAAGUGGAAUUAGGAUCCCUGUCAGGCGUCGGGAUAUUAAGCGUUUCAAUGCUCGUGUAAUUGUCGUCAAUGAGUCCGUUGCUGUGGGGUUUUUUUCUAGGGACAUGGAGUUGAGUGGUAAAGUUAAAGUGUGGACGUUGGAUGAUGAUGCUUGUCUUCGAGGUGAUCAAGUGGAGGCAUCCUGGACACUGGUGCUGAGUAUUCGUGUAGACAUUCCAGGGCGCUUUGUUCGUGGAUACUGUAGUAGCAAGGAUCUCCUACUAGUGAUCGGUGAAGACAUCUGGUUAUCGUAUAACACUGAGGAGAAAGAGGUCAAACCUUUUCCGGAUUCAAUCUAUUUGAGUCAGGUUAUCAAGUAUAAUGAGAGCCUGAUUUCAAUCAGAGGAUCAAAACUGGUCCAGUAGAAUGCUAUAUAAAUAAUAGAUGAUUAUUAUUAAAGAACAGCUACGCUUGAUUACUGGUAUUACUAAUAUAGUAUCACAAUCUUUUAGAACUA